AUGGGUUCUGUAGAGAUUCUCAGAGUGGACACUGACACCUGUGAGUUCUGGCCUAUCUUCCAGACAUUUCAGUGCAUUGUGAGUCACUUCUCUUGCAGUGUGAAGGACACCUAUCUGCUGCAUGAGAAGCAGAUGCUGACAGGUGUGCCAGAGCACUGCCUGCUGGGUGAUGUGAGCACUCACUGGAAUUCCACCUGUGUCAUGCUCGAAUGCUUGGUGGAGCAGGAGAAAGCCCUGACUGCCCUGAUCUGUGAGACUGGGGUCAUUUGGGUGGGUGUCAUGGUGUCUUCAAUCACAGCAAGCAGACACAAGGCCUUUUUGGCAAUGGUGCUACUGAGCCUUACCUUGCUCAGCUACAUUAUGCACAGUACAGAGAUCAAGAAUAUUAUUUUUGGAAACCAGCAAGAAACUUUCACAGAAGAAGAAACGGAUAAGGACUUUGGCUGCACGUUUACCAAGAACAGAACUUGUCCGGGGGACAAAAGUGACCUGUCUAUGGCCAGAGUGCAGCAGAGAGGAAAGGAGCAAGAAAUAGGAGAGAUCCUUAAGAAACUGGACCAGUGGAUGCCCAAUGUCACUUUCAGGAACAUGAGCACCACCACCAGUGCCAAAAACAGCAAGGCCACUAUACUCAACCGCAAGGACUCUUAUUGUGUCGGGGACCACUUGAUGGUCCGGCUGGAUGUGUACGAUCAUUUGGGGAAGAGGAAGGCGUAUGGAGGGGACUUCUUAAGAGCCAGGGUCUACUCAUCCAGUCUCAAAGCUGGAGCUUCUGGCCGCAUAGAAGACUAUCGGAACGGGACGUACCUGGUGAAUUUCACUUUAUUUUGGGAAGGGGAUGUCAGAGUUUCCAUCUUGCUCAUCCACCCUAGCGAAGGCGUUUCCGCUAUGUGGGCCAGCAGGAAGAAGGGGUAUGAGAAAAUAGCAUUCACUGGCAGGUUUCUGAACGGAACCGCAGCCGUCUUCACCCCGUGUGGCUUCCAUAUCACCACCAAGGAGGAGCUGUGCGAGUAUCUCGACGAGAGGGACCAAGAGGCCUUCUACUGUGUUAAGCCAAAGGCUGUGCCGUGCCAGAAGGACCUCAGCAGGAUAUAGUGUCAUGGAAAAGUUGGCAGCUACCUGAUAGAACUUGAGAGAUACCUACUGGAGGGGAACAACAUUGGUGUUGAGAUUCCGCAGACUUUUGGAGAUGUCCGUGUCUUAUCCUGCAACGGCAAUGUGGCAGCACCCAGAGAGAGAUGCGCCGUCGGGAUGAGCUCCCCUGCUCCUAGCGGCUUUGUGUGGCAGAGUCGGUGGUACCCCGUUUUCUGCACCAUGCUCCGGCUCAACACCUCGGAUCAGAUGGCCACUUGCUUGAGAAGGAAGCUGGUUUACUUCAUGGGAGACUCAACGGUCCGCCAGUGGGUGGAGUACCUCACAAAGAGAUUGAGCACCCUGAAGCUCUUUGACAUGCACGGGUUUGGAAAGCUCCAGAACUUGUACGCUGUGGACAUGGACAGAAACAUUUGGAUCCAGUGGAAGAAGCACGGCCAUCCCAUAAUCACCGUCCAUGACUACUCAGUGAAGGAUCACAGGUACGUUCCUUGGGACCUCGACCUGGUGGCCGGCGACAGAGACACGGCUGUUGUCAUUUCACUGGGCCAGCAUUUCCGCCCCUUCCCGCUGGAGCUCUUCCUUCGGAGGAUGUUAAAUGUCCGUGCAGCUGUCCAGCGCCUCCUCCAGAGGAGCCCGCGAGCAAAAGUCAUCAUCAAAGCGGAGAACAUCCGGGAGAUGAGCGCAGACCCGGAGCGAUUUGGAGACAUCCACGGCUAUGCCCAAUACCUUGCGCUAAGGGAUAUUUUUCGGGAUCUCAGAGUGGGUUUCAUUGACGCGUGGGACAUGAGUAUCGCCUAUGGCGUAAACGAUGUCCACCCACAAGAGGAAGUGAUUGAGAGUCAAAUUAAUAUGUUUUUAACUUACAUCUGUUGA